GGAUAAUUCGCAAUGGACAUUGUAUCAACAAAGCCUAGAUGCAGAAAUUCCAUCCUAGGUGUUAUGUGGGUAUAACAGGAUAUUUCUUUGGAGAAUGCUAUUGGAUGUUCCAGUAGGCAGGCAGAAACAAUUUUGUAUUCUACCUCAGUUUAACUUGGGGCUUUAUAGAGAGUAUAGGAAUCUAUAUAAUCUUAAUUGGUGUAAUACAAUAUUUGCAAUAUAUUUCCGAGUUUGCAGGAAGGAUGUCUGUUUUGCAACAUUUUCAUCUGUUCUUCAACAAAAUCAGAUAAUGGAGCAGAACCAGCAAUUGGUGGUGGUUAUCACGCAGUUACUUUCUCUUAUGGAAACCCGGAUUUUUCUGCCGAUGAACAAAAUUCUAGUGCUGGGUUGGGAUAUUCCGGUUUUCAGCCACCUUUCACAGUGCCUGAAAGCCUUCUUCAAAACCUAGUAAGUACUUAAUUGCACAGUGUUCUCUUCUCUGAUCUCUCUCUCUCCCCAAUAGAAAUCUGGAUAUUGUUGUCUGUGUAUAAUUGAUUCUAUCCAAUCUGGCCAGUGAUAAUUGUCUGAUGUGCACAUAUUGUUCUAAGGCUUACCAUGUCUAAGUUUCAGAUACUCGGAGCAGGGAAGGAGUUCUUCUGAGCUAAGGUUGCCACUCAUAGGAACCUUGUUUUCUUUUGAUGUGUCAUGAUCAAAUGACUGUCCAGCCUCCUACAGAGAAUGUACAUCAGAUCAUUGCGAGAACUGCUAUAUUUGUCAGCAAACAUGGGGGUCAGUCAGAAAUUGUCUUGAGGGUCAAACAGUGGGACAAUCCAACUUUUGGGUUUCUAAGGCCCAACCACCAUCUCCAUGCAUACUUCAGGUUCCUCAUUGAUCACGUGGAUCUUCUGAAUUGUGUAGAUACUAAACCUGUAAUUGAGAAAAACGAACAUAGUGGGAAGAAUCUGACAGAUGAUGCUACUGGUGGGGCAUUAUCCUUGCUUGGUUCUUUAUAUGGGUCUGGAGAAGACGAGGAUGGUACACUGCAGUUUGUCUCAGAAUCUAAAGAGAAGGAACCUGGUGAAUCCUUAGAUCCUGAUAAGGCAGCGAUUUCUCAUGGAUCAGAAUGUGCAGAAUCUUCCGUUCGAUUAUCUGAAAAGGCUGAGGAGGCCCCCAAGCCCAUUCUUCGUGCUGCUAAAGAAAAGUCUCUCUUGUUGAAAAGAAAUCGAUUUAGGACUGCUGAUAAUUCUGCUGUCACGUGUAGCGGGAAAAGAGAAGGUGAUUGCCGAGGUUCAUUUGGUGUUUCCAUAGAGAAGUCACAUGCAUCCGCUUUGCCAAGCACUUCUACUGUUGAACCUUUGAUUUUGGAGCCUCCGUCCCAUUUAAAGAGGAUGGUUGAUAAAAUAGUGGAGUUUAUUUUGAAAAAGGGGAAAGAAUUUGAAUCAAUAGUCAUAGAGCAAGAUAGCAAAAAUGGGAGAUUUCCAUUCCUUUUACCAUCCAAUCAAUAUCAUCCUUAUUAUUUGAAAGUUCUUCAAAAAGCUCAGGAGUCUGUCUUUCCUGGAAAGUGUUUUGCUGCUCCGAAUCAUGAUACAAUUGGAAAUAUGGGGGGUAAGAAAGGUGGUCCGUCCAAAGACGACAAUGAUGCACUACCCAACGAAUCUUCAGUUUCUGAUAUACCUUUUGAUUCUGAGAGGAAAGAGAAGUUUAAAAUGGUAAUUAGUGGAUCAAAAAAGGAUGCUCAUGAUCUGCCACCCAAACCUACUCAACAACAGUGCGGAGUGAGUGUAGAUACUGUUGCUGCUAUUCUUCUGGCAGCAACAAGAGGCCAGCGGUAUCCCAAGUUUGAUAUUCUCCCCAACACAUCAGUGGAUUAUUCAAGUCUAGGCCUCAGUGAGGGUGGGCCAACCUCAAGCUUUGGCAGUCAAUCCUCAUUGCAAGGUCGGGGCUCUACACAAAAACCUAUUCCUAAUGGUAAGCCCCAUGCUUCCACGUCCAUUGAGUUGUCUAGAUCUGCUGGCCAGUCUGAGGAGGGUAGUAGAACCAGUGGUGUAUUGGUGGCUAAGGCUAUUGCAAAGACUGCUGCCCUUGCAGCUGCCAGUGAAGCUGACUCUUCUGAAGCAAGCUUGACAAAGGAGCAGAAGCAGAAGGCAGAGAGGUUGAAGAGGGCAAAGAUGUUUGCAGUCAUGAUUAAGGGUGGUACAGAAACUCAUGGAAAAGAUCUGCUGGCCCAUAUAUCUGCUGAACCACCUGAUUUAGUGCAGCCUGGCUUACUGGAUUCUGAUUGUAAGGCUUCAACAUUGAAUGAUGCUACACUAUCACUUGACACCUCAAAUCUUUCAGCUGUGCAAGUGGAUUUUCUUAGCAGAGAAAGAGAAGGGAGCACAGUACCAGUAGAUGCUAAAUCCUCUGAUAGAUCAAAGUCUGAAAGGCAUGACUCUGAUGAUGAUGAUGAUUCCAAGGAAAGAAAAUCAAGGAAGAAGCACCGGUCAAGGUCCAGAAGGCAUGAAGAAGGUGGUGACGUUGAUGGUGAAGGAAGGGAUCAUAAGCACUACCGGAAGAAGCACCGUUCCCACCAUUCUUCGCCCCACCGCAAAGAUGAGCACAAGCAAGGAAAAAGACAUUCAUCUCCAGAAUAUGGGGAAUCUCAUCGUCGCCACAAGUGUCAUAGCUUAUCUGAGGAUCAGCAUAAGCAUCGACUUAGCUCUAAGAAGCAUAAAAGUUGCUCAGAAAGAAAAGUGGAACCUGAGAAUGAGGUCAGUGCAGAAGUCACGGCUCGAACAAGUUCACUCAGGGUUGAUCACAGUGGCAGUAUGGAGGCUGCUCUGGAUUCAUCAAAAGAUCUUCGAGAGGGAUCAAAUCCAUUGGCUGCUGCCACUACCGAAGUAUCUGAGGAUCUGAGAGCAAAAGUUCGGGCCAUGUUGUUGGCAACCAUGUGAUCAGCAAUGUCUAUUAUUCUUGUAAUAAUUAUGAAGUUCCUCUGAAUUCAAUCAAGCCUUGUAUUAUUUGGU